CAGAACAGAGGUGGUGGUCGACACCUCAAAAUGGAGAGAGGACAGGUUGCUGUGCUGCUGCUGCUGCUUUCAAUACAAGGACUUUCGGCCGUGCGGGUCCUCCCGUCCUCCAACCCGGCGGCGGCCGGGGACACCCUGACGCUCUCGCUCUGGCCAGCUGCCGACCUAAAGGGUGGCAGCUGGGCGAUGGGCGACUCCCUCAUCCUGACCUGGCUCAGGGACCAGCAGGCGGUUUUCCCUAACCACAGCGGCAGGGCGGCGGUGAACGUCCGCACAGCCGCCCUCACCCUCAGCUCACUCACCUUGGAGGACUCGGGAGUGUACGCCGUGCACAGCAGCGACCCCCCGCUAAGGGCCAACGCCUCCAUUACGGUGCUGGAGCCAGUUUUGAACGUGACGCUGGGGACCAAGCAAAGCCGCCCGCUGGAGUCGUCCCCAGUGGCGCUGACAUGCUCCGUCUCCUCGGGAUCCUCGCCAUCUUUCCUGUGGUUCAACGGAAGCUCGGAGGUGACGGCCCACCACAGGGUGGCGUUCUCCGACGGGAAUUCCACUCUGACCAUCCUCAACGUGAGUCGCUAUGAUGGAGGCCCCUUUAGGUGCUUUGCGUUUAACCCUGUCAGCAAUGGCACCAGCAAGCCCUUCGUCUUCACCGUCAUCUACGGCCCGGACAACGUGGCUUUGACGGUCAACGAUCAGCACGCUGCCGCCGCUUCCUUUGCGAGCGGAAGCAACCUGACCGUACGCUGCUCGGCCCAGUCCGGUCCGCCGGCUCUACUCCACUGGGCUUUCGAGGGCCAGUUUCUAAAUACCACGGGCCCGUCAUUGGAACUUGUCCACGUCAACCAGGAGCAGAGCGGACCUUAUUCUUGUCUGGCCUUCAAUAAUGAGACCAACAUGAGCAACAACAUCACUGAAGACAUCCUCAUAACUAAGUCCCAGGCGACAUCGUUGAAGCUGCACGUGUGGCUCCUUCCCGUGAUGCCGUGGUUCGGAUGCCUCCUGUCUGACGUGUGACCUCAAAAUAUGCUGGCAGCCCCUGAAGAAGCACAUGUGUGCACGCAUGUACAAUAUCUGUGUGAAUCUGCAGUGUCCAGACUUCAAAUACAAUUUGACACAGCCAUCUUUGUCAUUUUUUCCUGUGACAUUGGCUGCUAAUAGAUAAUGCUACAAAUAAGUCACUGACAAGGGUGGGCAAACUUGAUUUUUUGACUCAUUUUGCAGGGGGCUCAUUUAAAGUUCUUGAUGAAAAUAAAAGCUGGAGGAAUUAUAUCUUGGUGAUUUAUAUGGCAAUGAUUACUGAUUUACUAUCAACAUUUUGGACACCCCUGAGGCAAAAGCUGUCAUCAACAAUGUAGGCUUUGUUCCAUUUCAAUUCUAUUCUAAUGUUUGCUCAUUGUAUCAUAUUGUUUGCCUUCAUUUCAUGUGAUGUAACGUGCUCG